UCGCCCCCCCCCACCCUCGAUUGGCUGACCUGUUCGACCCCCGGGCGACGCGUGGAGUUUGUGUCCCGUCAAGAUGGCGGCCCCCACAGCGGGACGGCGCUGUCUGCUCGUGCUCGCGGCGCGGCGCGCAGUCUCUCUGCCGCGGCGGACGCUCCUGUCAGCUGCCUACACGGACCCGGCACGAUGGGAGGAGACUCGCAAGCCAGAGCCACAAAGCCUAGUGAAGCUGGCCAAGCUGAUGGAUGGACUCCAUGACUCAAAGUUGCCUGUCAGCUCCCUAAGUAUUGCAAGGUUUGUUGACAACAUUUCAUCACGUGAGGAAGUGGAUCAGGCGGAAUACUACCUGUACAAGUUUCGGCACAGCGAGAACUCUUUGUGUCUUCGGGAAUGGACAAUUCACAACUGGCUGCGCAAGUGCCUCCAGUACGGAGCCAAGGACAAGGCGCUGUACACGAUUCAGAACAAGGUGCAGUAUGGGAUUUUCCCUGACCCCUAUGGGUUCAACCUCCUCCUGGACACAUACAUCAAGGCAGACGAUUUCAAAGGCGCCGCUCAGGUGGCCGUGGAGGUGAUGCUGCAGGAGGCUUUUGACUGGACGUCCACACAGCUGCUGGCAUUGCACGCCCUGCACGGCUUCUUGAGUGGUCAGCCCGACGUGUCGUGGCAAGAGGACCGGAACAUCGGUGCAGCCCUGCUCCUGGCCGGGCAGGCUCAGAACACCACGGCCGGAUACAGCUCCCAGCUCAUGGGCUCCGCCAAAAUCGGCAAGGUGGAGCUGAUGAAGGGACUGCGGGCCGUGUUUACCCGCAUGCCGCUCAUCUGGACCCCGGGAUAUCUGGACAGGGGCAUCGACAUCAUGGACAAAGUUCUGCAGAGCCCCGGUGCUGUGCAGCUGACGACGGACUCGGUGGAGGCCAUGGCAGCGGUGCUAGAGGAGCUUGAGAAGCUCACGGAGGAGGGGGCAGACGCCGCACAGGAAGAGGAUGCCGACGACAAGGAGGGGGGGAGAGGUGACGUGCAGGUUCCACAGCCGGCGCAGCUAGAAGCGGAGGACGCGAGGGAAGCGGAGGAAAGGCGCAGGGCGGUGCUCCCCGCCCUGCGCCAGCGAUUCCAGGCGGCACGCGCGGAGUUGGAGCGUAGCGGGCGGCUGUCGUCUCGCUCUGCCAAGGACGAGGUGCUGGCUCAGGCGCAGGAGCUGCUGCCAGCACUCGAGCGGCAGGAGGUGGCAGAAUUCGGAGAGCAGGUGGCCUUGUGGGAGAAGCAACGGGAGGAGCUGGCGCUGCUAGAGGCCACGGCGCAGGAGCGAGCCAGGGAGCGGCAGCUGCUGGAGGAGAAGCUGCAGAGCAUUAAGUUUGUUCCACCAAAGCAGCAGGUGCUGUAGAGAUGUGGCGGCCGCCGCCCACGCGCGACGCUCCCUGCCAUUUCCAGGACCACGCGCUUCCUCUGUGCGCUCGAGUCGGAGCGGAGGAGCCGGGGUGAGACUUUGCCGAGGGCCAUCGAUUUCCGGGUGUUGACGUUGGACGUCGAUAAUCGCGUGUGCGUAAAAAAAAAAAAACGACAAUGAAAAGUCGAAUCGGUGAACGGAUAAAUUGUCUCCAAUGUCAAAAUCUUUCAACAUUUUUCAUGAUGCACAAGAGAAAACAACGAGUUUGUGAAGGUGGAGGGUUGAAGAUACAACAUCCUUUUAAAAUCGAGGGCUUUUGGCAUUGGAAAAUGAAUAAUUGUGCUGUAUAUACUUUGGCACAGCCAUCACAGCGUCAUUUGGCUUCCAUCGGAGCUGUUGUGGUCUUGUGCGAGUGGUUGGUGAAACAGAAUUCUGAGAAAAUUCCUUAAAUAUGACGACAUACGCACUCACGGAUGUACAAGUAUAUAGCUACAAUUAAAAGCAGUUGGCAACAGUCCAGUCCAUAUUUAACAAUAAAGGGAUUUAUAAAAAAAAA